AUGUAUCGUAUCUCGAAUAUCUACGUUCUCGCCGCGUUCGGCACGAUCGGCGGGGCGCUCUUCGGCUUCGACAUAAGCUCGAUGAGUGCCUGGAUUGGCGUUGCCACCUAUAUGGAUUACUUCGGGCACCCUAGUUCAAAUCUCCAAGGAGGAAUCACAGCCUCCAUGUCCGCCGGUUCUUUUGCCGGCUCCAUCGCCGCCGGUUGGAUCUCAGACCGCAUCGGUCGCCGAGGCGCUUUAAAGAUCGCCUCGUUAGUCUGGAUCGUCGGUGCAAUGGUGCAAUGCAGUUCCAAAAGCGUCACACACCUCGUCGCCGGCCGCGUGGUAAGCGGUCUCGCUAUCGGAGUAACCUCCUCACAAACCCCCGUCUACUUAUCCGAGCUAGCACCGGCUCGGAUCCGUGGCCGAAUUGUCGGUAUCCAACAAUGGGCUAUUGAAUGGGGUAUCCUGAUCAUGUACCUGAUCGCCUACGGCUGUGCAGUCGGAGUUGCCGGGCCAGCUGCAUUCCGUAUCUGUUGGGGAAUCCAAGCCGUGCCUGGAUUGAUUCUGUUUAUUGCCCUGUGGUUCUUCCCCGAGUCGCCGCGCUGGCUGGCCAGCAAGGAGCGCUGGGAAGAGGCGUUGGAUGUAUUGGCUCUUAUGCAUGGUAAAGGGAACCGCCAUGACCCCGUCGUGCAACUGGAGUUCGAAGAAGUGCAAGAGGCAGCAAGAGUUGCGCACCAGGCAAAGGAUGUUUCCUUCCUUGCGCUGUUUGGCCCUAGGAUUUGGAAACGGACCGCCUGUGGUAUGAGUGUUCAGAUGUGGCAGCAGCUGCUGGGAGGUAACGUGGCGAUGUAUUACGUUGUUUACAUCUUUGAGAUGGCUGGAAUGACUGGAAACACCACUCUGUGGUCCUCGGCUAUUCAAUAUGUCAUUUUCCUGGUCACCACUGGGGUCAUGCUGCCAUUCAUUGAUCGGAUCGGUCGACGAACUUUGCUCCUCACCGGUUCUGUUUGCUGCAUGGCGGUGCACUUUACCAUUGCAGGCGUCAUGGCUUCUUAUGGUCAUGCCGUGCCAGAAGUGGACGGCAACGCCAACCUCACAUGGGAGAUCAAGGGUAGCGCAGCCAUGGCCGUUAUUGCCUUCUCCUACAUUUUCACCGGCAUCUACGGAUUCACCUGGGCCCCAACGGGAUGGAUUUACGCUUCCGAGAUCUUCCCCCUGAAAUACCGUGCCAAGGGUGUCGGUCUCUCCGCCUCAGCAAACUGGAUCUUCAACUUCGCCCUAGCCUACUUCGUGGCGCCAGCAUUCCACAACAUCCAGUGGAGGACAUACAUAAUCUUCGGUGUAUUCUGCUUCACGAUGACCAUCCACGUGUUCUUCACGUAUCCCGAGACUGUGGGCCGGACUCUAGAGGAGAUCGAUAUGGUGUUUGACACGGAUAUUAAGCCGUGGCGGACAAACCAGAUUGAGGACAAGUUUAGGAUGGAGCUUGAGCAAAAGCAGGGGAGGGUUGUUGAGGGGGACGCUAAGGAGGAGGGAAGCAAUGCCAGCCAUGAGGAAGUCGUUUGA